CCUAUAUAAAGGAACCAGAAUCCAAGUUAUAGUCAUCAGUCGAUUCGUGUUCAACCUAACGACAAGAUGUUGGCUUCAAAGUUAACACAAACCUUUCUAGUUCUAGCCUUUGUGGCUGCUGUAUGUUCAGCAAGUUCUGUCCAAAAUGAACAAAUCUACAAAAUGUGCGUUCCCGAAAAGUUCUACCAGGAUUGUUUGGAUCUUCUAAAGGAUCCAUCUGAAGCAGGUAUUCAUAUGGAAUGUGUAAAAGGACGUGAUCGUUUGGAAUGUUUAGAUUUGAUCAAUCAACGUAAGGCUGAUGUUUUAGCUGCUGAUCCGGAAGAUAUGUACGUUGCUUACCAUAAGAAGAACGAAGACUACAAAGUGAUCUCGGAAUUCAGGACUCAAGUUGAGAAGGAUGCUGAGUUUCGUUAUGAAGGAGUCAUUCUAGUCAAAAAGAAUUCCAAUAUUCAUAGCUUAAAGGAACUUCAAGGUGCCAAAUCUUGCCACACUGGAUAUGGAAGGAAUGUUGGUUACAAGAUCCCAAUCACAAAAUUGAAGAACACCGGAAUUUUAAAAGUAUCCAUGGAUCCAAAACUAUCGUCGACUGAACGUGAACUUAAGGCAUUGUCUGAUUUCUUCUCACAAUCCUGCUUGGUCGGAACUCUAUCACCACAACCUGAAAUCAAUCAAGCUUUGAGGAAGAAGUAUUCAAACUUGUGUGCUUUGUGCGAAGAUCCUGUUAAGUGCAACUAUCCUGAUAAAUUCUCUGGCUAUGAUGGCGCUAUUCGUUGUUUGGACAAGGGCAAGGGAGAUGUUGCAUUCACUAAGACAUCGUUUAUCAAGAAAUACUUCGGUCUUAUUGAUGGCACCAAAGCCGAGAGUACUGAUACUGCUAACUUUGAAUACCUUUGUGAAGAUGGAACUCGUCGUCCAAUCACAGGACCUGCAUGCUCCUGGGCUCAACGACCAUGGAAGGGAUAUAUUAGUAACACAGAUACCGUUAAGGAAAAAUCUGCCCUAGAACGUCUUCAAACCCGACUUGAGAAAUUCUUUACCAAUGGUCUUAAGGCUGAGAACAAGAAGGCUGCAGCUGAUCUUUUGAUUGAACCUGAUCUAGUCUAUCACAAUAAGGAGAAAAUUGUUGAUCCAAAGGAGUAUUUGGAACGCGCUGGAUACAAGGAUGUCAUUGAGCGUGAUGGCAGUGCAAUCAACAAAAUACGAUUAUGUGUAAGUCAAGACAUUGAAAUGAAGAAAUGCAAGGCCAUGCUUCGUGCUGCAUAUUCUCGGGACAUCCGACCAGAACUUGAGUGUGUCCUAAGUGACGACUGUGUAAAGGCUGUUAAGGAUAGCAAGGCUGAUGCUGCAGUUAUUAAACCUGGACAGGUCCAAACUGCACGCGAUCAACACUUACAACCCUUGGCCUAUGAAACGAUCUUGGAAAACAAUCUCUACGUUGUAGUAGUCGAUCCAAGUCUUUCCAAGGAUAUUCUCACCAAGAGUCCAGUUAAAUUCGAUGCCUCCCAAGAACGUGCCCGUGCCGCUGCUGCUUUAUUGAGCAAGAAACGUGGCAAGAGUCCAUGUGAGGUUCAAUCAAGUCCCAAUGAUAAAAUGAUGAUUGUCAAGGCAAACGAACUGAACAACUACAAAAAUAUGCAGCUUUUGUGUCCAAACAUGGAGAAGAAGGCUAUUUCUGAAGUAGCAACAUGUAACUUUGAAGCUGCUCUACCACGCACAGUGAUGGUUCGCGAAAGCAUGGACAAAAUUGAGAAGGACAACAUUAUUCAUGUGUGCAGCUUGUUGUCGGAGAAGUUUGGAGGUCUGGGUAAAUUGAAUGAUGUCUUCGAGAUGUUUGGCGAGUUUGAACAAGGAAACAAGGAUGUUAUUUUUACUGAUGACGGAAAAUCACUAGAGACUGAAUGGAAAAACACCAAUGUUGACGAAAAGACUGCAAUGGAGCUUCGAUGUGGAAAUGCUAUUUCAAAAUCUUAAAUUUUAAAGAAAAAAAAACCAUUAAGAAUUUGUAUAGUGCUUAAACUUAAAUAAAAUAAGACACAGAAGUUA